AUGUCUCUGACCAAGGCUGAGAAGACCAUCAUCCUGUCCAUGUGGGGCAAGAUCUCCACUCAGGCGGAUGCCAUUGGCACCCAGGCCCUGGAGAGGCUCUUCGCCAGCUACCCCCAGACCAAGACCUACUUCCCGCACUUCGACCUGCGCCCGGGCUCCGCGCACCUGCGCACGCACGGCGCCAAGGUGGCGGCCGCCCUGGGCGAUGCGGUCAGGAGCAUCGACAACAUCGCGGGCGCCCUGUCCAAGCUGAGUGAGAUGCACGCCUACGUUCUGCGCGUGGACCCGGUCAACUUCAAGCUCUUGUCCCACUGUCUGCUGGUCACGGUGGCCUCGCACUUCCCCGCUGACUUCACGGCCGACGCCCAUACCGCCUGGGACAAGUUCCUGUCCAUCGUGUCCUGCGUCCUGACCGAGAAGUACCGCUGAGCGCCGCCGCCAGGCCGGGGGCCGGCUGUGACCCCGCCCCUGCCCCUGCAACUUCCCUCAAUUUUGCCCCCAAUAAAUGGAUGCGGAUGGAAUGGGUCCUGCGUUCUCAGUAUUGGCCGAAGGAAGGGAGAAAGUGAGGCAUAGAAAGCGUAAGCCACAGGAACGCGAUGGUCCCCAGCGUCACCACCGGCCUGGAGGCCACCCCGAGGGAGCUGUGGCUCGAUCCCUGCGCCUGCGGACCCCAGAAUCGGGAGAGAGUAGAUCGGCCCCGGGCUGGUUCUCCAGGGU